AUGCCCGACAAACCAACCUUGUGCGACAUUCUCCAGGAUGAUGCUGAAAUUUCCGAGGCGGACGAAACACACGACGUGAACGAAAGCGAAAGCGAACGGGAAGUAGAUGAAAACUUUUGUGUGGAGUGCACUGACAUGCCGUCGGAGGUGGUGUGUGUGCCGUGCGACGAAAACUACUGCAAGGUCUGCUGGGAAGUUAUCCACAGAUCCGGCAAGCGGAGAGCUCACAAGACGAAGAAGCUUAAACUGGUGCAAACCGUCGUGGAAACAGAGGAACAGGACCAGGUAGAGUCUCUGUCUGAAUCCUCCUCAGACGAGGAGGAAAUGCCUCCGACCAAAGACGAGCUUCUCCAGCAACAUUUGGGGAAGUUGCGAGAACACGCCAAGUACAUUCCGAUGCGCUUGACAAGCGAGGAGCGGAAGUUGUUACGCCUUCUUGAGGCCGCGUUGAACGUGUCUGAAUACACCGAUAGAAUCGACAUCUUGUCUUACAAGACCAAGGCCAAGCGCAUUAUCAGCGAGAUCAAGGAAGUGUGCUCCAUCUUGGCGGGCUUGGUCGUGGCGUCGGACUUCAAGGCGGGACAGACCUUGAUCGAAGACAAGGACUUCGCAGACAACGCGGAGUGGUACCAGACCAUCUUUGAGAUCGGCCGGCGCUACAAGAUUAUGAACCCCGAGAAGAUGCGCGACAGUUUCGGCAAGUUGUGCUUCAUCGUCAUGGACUCACGUGCACCUGAGGUGGCUGAGCACCUCGAAUUCCACCUCCAUAAGCCGAUAAAGACGGUCCACGGUUUCUUGACCUCCAAAACUGACGGGGAAAAGGCUCUCCAGAUGUUCGACGACCCACUCAUCUUGGAUGCAGUAUCCGAAGUGAACCCUGUCGGUUUAUCCCGCCACCAGAUCCAGCGGUUGAUCAAGCAGAAGGAAUCCGCGAUUGAGCGCAUCUCCACCAAAUACUGCUCCUCUAAGCGAACCAGAACGGGCUUUACGUCGUUCCUCAUCAGAACUACGGAGGAAACUAUUGACGAUGGCUUUACAAAAGAGGAAAUCCGCCAGGUCUUGUACUCUAUUGGUGACGUCAACGCUUACGUGCGUUCCAACCGAGCGCCGAUUGCGCGGAUGUUGGUACGGUUGGAGGAAAACUUUUCUUCUGUCACCGAUCCCGCAUUCUCUUUGAGCAUUCGGAACGGGGUUGACGGGGCCAGAUUGUCCCACAACCACGAGAAACAGUUCCACUUCUGCGCGCAGUCUCUUUCCUUGUGGUCGAUUCUCAUGCGUGACUUUAUCCAGUUGUGGUCCUUGGCGGACAAUGACUUGCUCAGCGAGAACCGCUACCGCUUGGCCGAUACUGGUCAAGGCUUGCAGCGCAUCAAGCCGGCGCCGAAGGUGUCCCGAGCGAUGCAUAAGGUGUUGAACGAGGUGCAAAGAAAAACUGUGGUGCCGUUUGUUGGAUCUUCUGCCGUCCACAUUGGCGACACCGCCGUGCCGUCUGCGUUGACGUACUUGGACAAGUAUUUGCAGGUUCCGCGGAUCUUGAAUCCUAUCGAUACGUGUUUGAACUUCUUAGACGUAAUCUACCCUAAGGACAAGUUUGUUGCGGCAUCCAUUGAUUCUCAAUACCAGUCGUUGGACAACUUGAAGAAGGUGAUCAUGACUGACUUUUUCCGCCAUGCGUUUGAUGGCUCAGGUGCUCAGGACUACUUCAAUGCCGGGUCGUGUAUCGACGGACGUUUGACGUCGUGUUGGAACUGGGCUAAUGAGAUUAGCAAGAAAAACUAUUAUAAGUUCUUCCUUCUCAGUGGGUUUAUUGGGUUUAAUGGGACGGACGGGUGGUAG